AUGAAUCAGUCUUCUGACAGAAGAAAUAAACAAAAUCAAAUCGGAAAAUAUUCAGCAAUAUCUACUGAUGAAAACAAUCAUUCAUUUAAUAGCGGUACAACAUUAUCUUUACAAUCAAUGGUAGAUGAUAUACCAUUUGAAUUUAAUCCUAAAUAUCGAACUAUUAUUGUUCCUAAUAUAAAUAUUCCUGAAUAUGAUACAACUAAGAUUCAUAAUAUUCUUGCCACACCAAUUGAUUUCACAUUGGAAAAUAAAGUUUUAUUAGAAGCUUUAGAAGAUUUACAACGUAGAAAAAAAGAGAUUGAAGAGAAUACUUUGCGUCAACAAGUAUCAUCGACUUCAUCAGCAGUUACAACAAAUAACUGUCCAACGACUAACUCGGUAGUAAUAUCGCCAAAUAGUCGGCCUGACAAUAUUCAUUUCCCUGUAACUCUCGUGCCAUCACCUCCAACUCUACAUCCACUUACACAUAUACCGAACACCCAACCCACAGUACAUCAUUUACCAGUUGCUAUCACACCGUUUCCAGUAACGUCUAUUCUUCCUGUUCCUGUUCCUACUCCUCCUCCUCCUCCUCCCGUUCCAACAACAACGAAGCCUUCUGUUUCACCGACAUAUCGUCUACCUUCUGUACGCGAUAUUUAUUGGCCAACUAGUAAUCAACAAAGUUAUACGGUUCCUGUUAGUGGUCCAUCGGCAUUAACAUCGAAUACAUUGUGUUUACCAACGCCAAUUCAUUCAACUGUUUCAUCGCUGGAUUCAGUCAAACAAAAUAAUCAGUCAUUUAAUAACUGUGAUUCAAAAGCUGCUAAUGACUUAGCUGCUACAUUCGAUGGAACGCUAGACUCUGAUGAUCCUUUUCACGAUGCUGAACUAAAGUCAUUGAAUGAUGUUGCUGAAUUAAGACAUUUGUACUUGACUAUUGGUUCAGCCAAUACUGUUCGACGAUAA